AUGUUCAUAUCUAUCUAUCUAUCUAUCUAUCUAUCUCAGUCUGUCCUUAUCUAUCACUUUCACUCGCUUCGUAACUAUCUCUUUAUCUAUUUAUCAAUCAACCAAUCGGUUAAUCUAUCUAUCUAUCUAUCUAUCUAUCUAUCUAUCUAUCUAUCUAUCUAUCUAUCUCAGUCUGUUCAUAUCUAUGUGUCGGUCUGUCUCUCUGACUCCGUAUAUUCUUAUCUAUCUAUCUAUCUAUCUAUCUAUCUAUCUAUCUAUCAAUCAAUCUAUCUAUCUAUCUAUCUCAGUCUGUUCAUAUCUAUGUGUCGGUCUGUCUCUCUGACUCUUCUGUUCAUAUCUAUGUGUCGGUCUGUCUCUCUGACUCCGUAUAUUCUUAUCUAUCUAUCUAUCUAUCUAUCUAUCUAUCUAUCUAUCUAUCUAUCUAUCUAUCUAUCUCAGUCUGUUCAUAUCUAUGUGUCGGUCUGUCUCUCUGACUCCGUAUAUUCUUAUCUAUCUAUCUAUCUAUCUAUCUAUCUAUCUAUCUAUCUAUCUAUCUAUCUAUCUAUCUAUCUCAGUCUGUUCAUAUCUAUGUGUCGGUCUGUCUCUCUGACUCCGUAUAUUCUUAUCAUCUAUCUAUCUAUCUAUCUAUCUAUCUAUCUCUAUCUAUCUCAGUCUGUUCAUAUCUAUGUGUCGGUCUGUCUCUCUGACUCCGUAUAUUCUUAUCUAUCUAUCUAUCUAUCUAUCUAUCUAUCUAUCUAUCUAUCUAUCUAUCUAUCUCAGUCUGUUCAUAUCUAUGUGUCGGUCUGUCUCUCUGACUCCGUAUAUUCUUAUCUAUCUAUCUAUCUAUCUAUCUAUCUAUCUAUCUAUCUAUCUAUCUAUCUAUAUAUAUAUAUAUAUAUUUUUCACAUCUCUAUUUCUAUCUAUAUUUUUCCCAUCUAUCUAUCUAUCUAUCUAUCUAUCUAUCUAUCUAUCUAUCUAUCUAUCUAUCUAUCUAUCUAUCACUUUCACUCGCUUCGUAACUAUCUAUUUAUCUAUUUAUCAAUCAACCAAUCAGUUAAUCUAUCUAUCUAUCUAUCUAUCUAUCUAUCUAUCUAUCUAUCUAUCUAUCUAUCUAUCUAUCUUUUCACAUGCAUCUAUCAUUUCACAUCUAUCUACCUACCUAUCUUUAUAGAUAUCUUUUCACAUAUCUCUCUCUCUCUAUCUAUCUAUCUAUCUAUCUAUCUAUCUAUCUAUCUAUCUAUCUAG